GUGGGUUUGAAAGGCGCCUGGGCGGGAGGAAGGAGAAACAGCUAGGGCGCCAUCUUGUUUGUUUUAGUCAGUCGGUCGUGGAGGAGGGGCUGCAGGCGGCCAGCUAGAAGACGGCCUCCAUAAAGGGAGAGAAAGCCAUCGCGGUUUAAGUGGUUUGGCUGCCUGUCUGUGAACAGCAGCUGGGAUCAUGUUCUACGCCCACUUUGUCCUCAGCAAGCGUGGGCCGCUGGCCAAAAUCUGGCUGGCGGCCCACUGGGACAAGAAGCUGACCAAGGCACACGUGUUUGAGUGCAAUCUGGAAAGCAGCGUAGAAAGCAUCAUCUCGCCCAAGGUAAAGAUGGCGCUGCGCACGUCCGGCCACCUGCUUCUCGGGGUGGUGCGGAUCUACCACAGGAAAGCCAAAUACCUGCUGGCCGAUUGUAACGAGGCCUUCAUCAAGAUCAAGAUGGCUUUCCGUCCAGGUGUGGUGGAUUUGCCGGAGGAGAACCGGGAGGCCGCCUACAACGCCAUCACCCUUCCAGAGGAAUUCCACGACUUUGAUCAGCCGCUGCCCGAUCUAGAUGAUAUUGACGUCGCCCAGCAGUUCACACUCAAUCAGAGUCGGGUGGAAGAGAUCACCAUGCGGGAGGAAGUGGGCAACCUCAGUCUCCUACAAGAUAAUGACUUUGGUGACUUCGGCAUGGAUGAUCGUGAAAUGAUGAUGCGUGAGGAGAGUGCGUUCGAGGUGGACAUCAUGAACGGACCCUCGACCUCCAGCCUACUGUUGGAGACGGAUCCUGGGGCAGGCCAUAUGGCAGAAAAGUCCAACCACCUGGCCUACGAUGACCAAUACAAGGACGACUUUGGGGACAAUCCCAUGGAGAGCAGUGAUGGAGGAAUGCUGGUGGAUAAACUCCUCAGCAAUGAGGCUGGUGGGGGCAUUUUCGACGACCCCCCGGUCCUCUCGGACAGCGCGAUGCUUCCACAGGAUCACGGUGGUGCUGACGACGAAGACGACUUUGAUAACUUGUCUCCUGGGGCCCCCGAUAGCCCCAACUCAGGCCCUGUGGAGCCUGUUCCCGCCAUGGCCGAUCAGACGGAGCAGACCACCCUGGUGCCCAAUGAAGAAGAGGCCUUUGCCCUGGAGCCCAUCGAUAUCACUGUGAAAGAAACCAAGGCAAAGAGGAAGAGGAAGCUGAUUGUGGACAGCGUUAAGGAGCUGGACAGCAAGACCAUCCGCGCACAGCUCAGCGACUACUCUGACAUCGUCACCACGCUGGACCUGGCCCCACCCACCAAAAAGCUCAUGAUGUGGAAGGAGACAGGGGGCGUGGAGAAGCUCUUCUCCCUGCCGGCACAGCCCCUGUGGAACAGCCGCCUGCUCAAGAUGUUUACACGCUGUCUGACCCCACUGGUGCCGGACGAGAUGCGCAAGAAGAAGCGGGGUGGUGAGGCCGACAGCCUGGACGAGUUCCUGAAGGACCUGGAGAACCCAGAGGUUCCUCGCGAGGAGGUCCAGGCCCAGCAGAGGGAUGUCAUAGAUCAGACCAUCUUGGAGGAGCCCAGCAUGCUGCAGGUGUCGGCCAUGGAGGGCAGCAAGACCAGCCUGGAAGAAACGGUCAUGGCCCCGCCCUCCGCGCAGCGAGGGGUCAAGCGCAAGUCCAAGGACACGGAGCCAGCCCUGCCUAUGGGCGCCCAGGAGCAGCAGGCUGAGCGGCCCCCCUCGCAGAGGCUGGAGCUGACCCAGGUGGAGCUGCCCCCAGAGGAGAGCGCCAGCCUGAGCCAGCUCAUCCCUGAGCUGGAUCUGCUGGGAGGGAGAGGCAGGGAGAAGCAGAAGGAUGAUGAAGAGGAGGAGGAGGAGGAAGAAGCCCAGGGUGGAGACCAGGACCAGGAGGAAAGGAGGUGGAACAAGAGGACCCAGCAGAUGCUUCACGGCCUUCAGAGGGUUGUGGCUAAAACCGGAGCACAGUCCAUCAGCCUGCUGGAUCUGUGCAAGAACAACAACAAGAAGCAAGCGGCUGCCAAGUUCUACAGCUUCCUGGUGCUGAAGAAGCAGCAGGCGAUUGACCUGACACAGAGCCAGCCCUACAGUGACAUCGUGGCCACGCCUGGGCCACGUUUCCACAUCAUCUAGGGGACUCGGCACUGGGACACUUUUAUCCUACCAUAUUUUAUUGUAUUUGACAGUGUUUAGUGCUUUUUGUCAUUUUUAAGAAUUUACGGGCAUGUUUGUUAUAUAUAAGAAAUCGUUGUUCUUUACUGCCAAAAGGAAGUUUGUGCUGUCUUACCUUUUACACCAUAAUCAGAGGAGUGCUGCAUAAAAUUGGGCAUUCAUACAUUUAUUUUUUUAAGGGUCAACAACACUUUCUGAGGACUGCAAAAACAUCUGAAAACACGGUCGUUGUUGUGUGUAUGUUGGUUUUCCUUUCUGUUACAGCUCCAGUAAGACCAUUGCGAUCUGCCUUUUCUUCCCUAAAACAUCAGGACAGAAUAUCUAAGGGGUGAUCUAAAAGGUUACUGGGGGGAGAGACCCUAAUUAGCAUGGUCUAUCCUACUAAAUGACUCAUAAUGCCCCCCCCCCCUGCAUUGUUUUAUUUCACUUUUUUAUAUAAAACAUUUUAAAUGGUAAAUUUCUAUUGUUUGCACUUAUCUGCCCUCUUUCUGUCUGAUUUUUAUGGACCUUUUUUAAUUCUGUCUUACGACUGAAAUCUUGAAAUCAGGUGUUGAAGGGCAUUCUUGGUGUUUGCCUCUACACUAAAAAAAUAAUGGGUUUUCAAAAAGACUGUAGAUAAUGUUACUGUUUAAAGUUGAUAUCCAGGUGUGUUUCUGUAGAUUAAAUCCUUCUAGUCAAGUUGGUAUUACUUUUCUAAAUAAACACAUUGCUUAGA